GUGCUGCCAAUCAGUGCCGCCUAUCAGUGCCAGUCAGUGCCGCCUAUCAGUGCCAUUAGUGCCGCCUAUCAGUGCCAGUCAGUGCCGCCUAUCAGUGCCAUGCCAUAUACCAGUGCUGCCUUUCAGUGCCCAUCAGUGAUGCCUGUCAAUGCCCAUCAGUACCACCUACCAGUGCCUCCUCAUCAGUGCCCAUCAGUGCCACCUAUCAGUGUCAAUCAGUACAGCCCAUCAGUGCCCACCACUGCAGCCUCAUUAGAGUAUAUCAGUGAAUGAGAAAAAUCACUUAUUUUCAAAAUGUUAUAA